CCUGAAUACCCCUAACCAAACGGCCCCUAAUUGACUCAAUUGGAGCUCGGAGGAGUGUCACUCCAAACUACUCAUUACCAACCCCGAUGAACUCCCAAAUCCAAACCGCUUUACUCCUAACCGCUCUUACGCUUUCCUUCACUCUCCCGGUCUUCUCCGAACCUCCCGGAACCUGUGCGGCGGCGGACCACAAUACCUGCGAGGAGUUGAUUCCCGUGCGAAGAGAAGUGUACGAUGAAGGAAGAAUAUACGACAUAAGUCAUAGGAUUCAACCCGACAUGCCUUCUUGGGGCUCCGAAGAUGGAAUCGGGCAGGUCAUUUGGUUGCCGAACAGUAUGAAAAACGGGUCACUGGCUAAUAAUUCGGAAAUGAAAAUGCCCACUCAUACGGGCACGCAUGUCGAUGCGCCCGGUCAUGUUUUUGAUCAUUAUUUUGACGCUGGUUUCGAUGUUGAUACUCUUGACCUCGCUUUACUAAAUGGUCCUGCAUUGUUAGUUGAUGUUCCUAGAGAUAUGAACAUAACAGCUAAAGCUAUGAAGUCAUUGGAUAUUCCCAAAGGAGUAAAACGUGUACUUUUUAGAACGUUAAACACUGACAGGCGCUUAAUGUGGAAAAAAGAGUUUGACACAAGCUAUGUGGGCUUCAUGAAAGAUGGGGCACAAUGGCUGGUAGACAACACUGACAUUAAACUUGUUGGAGUUGAUUACUUAUCUGCUGCUGCUUAUGAUGAUUUGAUUCCUUCUCACCUUGUUUUCCUUGAAGGCAGAGAGAUUAUCCUCGUGGAAGGUCUUAAAUUAGAUGACAUUGAAGCUGGGAUAUAUACUGUCCACUGCUUGCCAUUAAGAUUGCUUGGUGCUGAGGGAUCUCCGAUAAGAUGCAUCCUUAUCAAGUAAAAGCACUCCUGCAAAUGUUUUCUAAUCUAGAUGUUGUAUCAAAGUGUAAAGCGAGAGUAUAACCUGCUUUAACAUGAACUAUUUGAAUAAAUACUGCGUUUCUUUAAA